GAAACGUUGUCGAGGAGCUGCGGGAUCGCCGGCCUGACGAUCUUCAAGGAACCGCGAUCGUAUUCGAGUUUGUCGCGAUCGCAGCAGCGGCCGAUCGCGACCGGCUCUCGGAUCGCGGCGACAGCCGGCACCGGCAUCGUCCACGAGAGCAGCGACUGUUCCGGGAACUCGGCGCACGACGACACGCCGAAGCAGAGCACCUCGCUGAUCGAGCAUCUGAACGUCGACUCGACGCGCGUUAACGAGGAGAAGAACGUCGGCGAGAAGAGCGGAACAGAGGUCGUCUCGAAGGAGGAUGCUCGCUCGAAGGGCUCGAGGAAACCUAAAAGAUACGCCGCCGUAACGAUCUCGAGCAACGGGGGGGAACAGCCCGGCAAGAAGUGGUGGCGCUUGUUGAAGUGGUUCCCCGGCUUCAAGUCAUUGAAACUCGCCGGAAGAGGCACGUACGCCGUGACGGAAAGGGCACAGGUCAGACGAGAGGAGAUCUCGAUGGCCAUGUGGAACGAAACGGACGAGCAACACUCUGUUUGA